AGACCCGCGCGCCAUUCUCUAGAACCUUCCACGGUCCACCUCCCUCGUUCCUCCGGCGGCACGUGCCCGUGCCGCUCGGCUCACCCGCAACCCUCCCUCCACGCCUCUCCUCGUCGACGAGCGGACCCGGUCCACGCCCCCACCCCCUUCCCAUCCCAAUCCCAGAUCCCGGCCAGCCCUCCGAUUCGGCCGCGACCGUGGUGGGUUCGGUCCCCCUCCGAUCGGGGCAGCAGCCAUGGAUCAGAGCCGGCGGGCGGUGGAGUCGUACUGGCGCUCGCGGAUGGUGGACGGCGUCACGGCGGACGACGACAAGGUCGCGCCCGUCUACAAGCUCGAGGAGAUCUGCGAGCUCCUGCGUGCCUCCGACGCCAGCAUCGUCAAGGAGGUCGCCGACUUCGUCCUCAAGCGCCUCGACAACAAGAGCUCCCUUGUUAAGCAAAAGGCUUUACGGUUGAUCAAAUACGCAAUUGGAAAAUCUGGUACUGAUUUCAAGAGGGAGAUGCAAAGGCACUCAGCGGCUAUACGCCAACUAGUUCAUUACAAAGGCCACCCUGACCCCUUAAGAGGGGAUGCCCUUAAUAAGGCUGUUCGGGAAACUGCGAAUGAGGCUAUUGCUGCAAUUUUCUCCACAGAGGACCCUAAACCUGCUGUCGCAACCGAAAGUCUUGGCAAGCGCAUACAAGGCUUUGGAAAUACUAAUUACGAGCCAUCUAGAGAUGAAAAGAAGUCUUUCCUUAGUGAACUUAGCGAAGUAGUGGGUAUUGGAAGUGCAUCCAUCAAGCAGGGUUUGAGCAACUUCGCUGCAGCGCAUGCAAUAAUGAUAAAUGACAACGGCAGCACAUACAAGAGCCCUAAUCUACGUAGGUCUUUAACCACAGAAUCUGAAAAAUAUGGCCGGUAUGAUCCAAGUGAAAUUCAAAGUGAGAGCCGUGCCUCAUCUGAUGCUUCAAAGAACGUAGCUUCUGGUUCUUGGGGUCCGACUUCCAGUUCUGCACCAUCCGAUGAUACUAGCUCAAGUCAACCAGGGGUUAAAACUCGUGAAGAAAGACUUCUGGAGACAAUUGUUACUGCAAGUGGUGUGCGAUUGCAACCAACGCGAGAUGCUCUGCGGGUUUUUUUAACAGAAGCUUCCAAAUUGGAUGCAGUUGCCUUGAGCCGCGCACUUGAAAACAAACUGAAUUCCCCAUUAUGGCAGGUUCGCAUGAAGGCUAUUUGUGUGUUGGAAGCCAUUGUAAGGAAACAGGAUACUGAUCCUUAUUCUAUCAUUGCUUCAUAUUUCAUUGAGAACACAGCUUCUGUUGUUAAAUGCUCUGAGCUGCCACAGGUUUCUCUCAGAGAGAAGGCCUCAAAGGUCUUGAAUAUGCUGAUUGGGGAAGAGCCUACUGGAACCACAGCAACAAAAUCUGCAAUGGCCACACCUGUUCAGAUGCCUGAUUUGAUCGAUACAGGUGAUCAAGAUGGUCUGGCAACAAGUUCUGGACAGGAAAGCAAUGGACAAAAAAAUACUGGGAAAGCAUAUGUUUCUUCAGUUGAUGAUUUGCUUGGUGGUGAACCUAUUGCUGAUACAAGUGUCACUGCUGAUAGCAAUGGAAGCGAUCCAUUUGCAGAUGUAUCGUUCCAUGAGGUAGAGGCUAAGGAGACUAAUGAUCUCUUCUCAGGAUUGAUAGUAGAAGAAAAAUCAUCAGCUACCAUGCACGGCAGUUCUUCAUCAAACAAAAAUGAAUUACCAGAUAUCUUUGGCAGCCCCCCUGAUUCUUUCAUCCAAGGUAGUGUUACUGACCAAGGAACUGUCAAUGAUUUGAUGUCUGGUUUGAACCUUAAUGGAACAGGUCAGGCUCAUCCUCCAGUUAAAGCAGAACCCAAUAGCACCUUCAGUGGUUCACAGUUCUUUGAUACAAACAAUGAGAUCGGCCAUGUGGCAAGUGCUGCAGCAUUGAAUGGCAUUGUUGGUCAAAACUCGUUUUACCAACAGCAGCAGACUCCCUUGCAGUACAGCUUCCCUCAACAUAUGAUGCUCAAUCAAUCAUUUCCUGGGCAACAAUUAAAUUAUGGUGCUAUGGGGAUUCUUCUUGCUCAGCAGCAGCAGUUACUGCAAAAUUUUGGAAAUUUCAAUGCUGAACUUGGGAAUUCUUCUUUCAAUUCGAUGAACAGUGGAAAUGCAUCAGUGCUUCCAGAUAUUUUCAAUUCAAGUAAUCAACCUCAAAAUCAUGUUGCAGCGAUGAGCAGUUCGAAGAAAGAUGACACUAGAGCUUUUGAUUUUGUUUCGGAUCACCUUGCAGCGGCACGUGCUUCAAGAAAGUGAACCAGGAAGCGAUGAGCAUGUCCAUAUGCUGGCAAGAGCUCAAGUGCUUGAUGGACACAAAAGCUGGGACUCCAAAAGCUGCAUCUCGUCACAGCCUCGCAGAUUGGCUGCAUGAUCACACACGGCUGGUUUGGCAUGGGAUCGGGCGCAUGUUUGAACAGUUGAGAAAGAAGGGUUGUUCCAUACGGUUGAAAGACGGGAUGUUGUGUCGUACUAUGUACUUAGACAAAGACUGUUUUUUUACUCUGAAAAAUAAAUUGCAUCUUCCGACUUUCCUUAUGUUCUGCCCUUUUCUCUCUUCCUUUUUUUAUUAAAAAAAUGAGUCAGACACCAUAUACGUAUUUAUUACCUCAGGUUUUAUUUCUUUUCUGUACAAGUACAUGGAGGAUGUUUUUUUUUUUGCGGCAAUUGUAAAGCUUUGGGACACGAAUAAGAGGGUGCAAUAUGAUAUGAGCUGCUA